AUGGAUACAAGGCAGAAGGAAAAAGAAAAGGAGAAGGAGGCGGCGCAAGGAGACCGCACGCCUAAGAAGUAUAAGAAAGACAUUGUGGUUCACUUCCUGGAAGAGGACGCGCACAACUGGUGGUUGGCUCUGGACAAACGCACCAAUGGUGCCGUUGAGAGGUUCUCAGACUUUGAAGUUGAGUUCAGCCACAAGUACUUUCCAGCUGAGGCUUGGGAUCGUUUGGAAUCAGAGUUCUUGGACCUGGCCCAGGGUCGCAAGACGGUCCAUGAGUUUGAGGAAAAGUUCAACUGGCUCAGACGCUAUGUGGGUAAGGAGUUGGAAGAUGAGACAGUUCAGGUCCGCAGGUUCAUCAGAGGCCUAAGGGUCGAACUCCGAACCUACUGCUCUGUUGGUACCUUCCACACCGUGUCUGAGUUAGUUGAGAGGAUGGCCAUGGUAGAGACCAACCAUGCUGAGGAGGCCAAGUUGAAAUCUAGGAGCCACACGGCUUCUAGUGGAUCUGGUGGUGACCGGAAGAGGAAGCGAGACUCGGCUGAGGAGGGAAAAUCCUCCAAUGGCAAGUCGGAGUGCUCCAAGUGUUGUCGAUGUCACGGGGGUGAGUGCUGGAAAGCCAUGGGAGCUUGUUCUCGUUGUGGCAAGAUGGAUCAUGCAACUCGGAACUGUCCGAUCUGGGAACCGAGUCGGGGAUAG